AUGUCGUUCAUGAUUAUCAUCCCUCGAGCCAGCCUGCCCGCCUUUCGCACUGCGGUUCGAACUGCACCCAAACCUGGGGUCUUUGCAACCAUCAAGCGAGAUAUCCACACCAGACCCAACGUUACCUCCUUACCCUCCUUAGUCAACGCAGCUAGAAGGAAGUUCGCGACUGCGACGGACUAUUCUUUGGCUGAAGCCAUUAUGUCGGACCAGGACGACAUCCUGGUAUACGCAGACGAGUUCCGUAGGCAUGUCGGGAACGACGAUAAGCAGGCACGUUGGGGUAACCAGCUGACCUGGGCUAUCGCCCGGUACAACGUUGGAGAAGAAAUAGUCUUGUACCCCCUCCUCGAAGAGUUCCUGGGAGGUCAAGGGAAGAAAUUCGCUGACAUGGACAGAAAGGACUCUAUUGUGGGUACCAUCGACCCCUUCCAUGCCGAGGAACUCCGAACCAAUUUGGGCAGGAACUGA